AUGACGCAAAUCAAGCCCAUCGCGCCAGUUCCUCAAGAGGACCUCCAGACCGUGGUGCAAAGUCGCACCAGGGAGUGGCACUUUCACAUUUACUUUCUGCUUCAAUCGCCGACUGAAAAGGCCGCUGCCUUGGCGCUCCGCGAUGCCGUGUUGAAACUUCGUCGCGAUGGCAAGUCGAUUUCGGGGUGCGCGUUUGUCGCGGUGCCGCUGCAUCGCGUCAAUGAAUAUCCCAUCGGGCCGCAUCCCGCCGGAUCAUACGAGAUCUGGGUUCCUGAUUCGUCAUUCUCUGACGUCUUUUUUUAUCUGGCAACAAACCGCGGAAACCUAAGUGUCUUGAUUCACCCUCUGACGGAGCAGCAGCGUCGCGACCACGAGUCUCGAAAUGGCUGGCUUGGCAAGCCCUGGCCCAUUUAUCUGGAUGGGCUGCCUCGAGAGAGUGACGAGGUUCCGCUCCAAUACCCAGAGCUGCGACUGGGAUGGUCCUCAGCCCCAGAGGACGAGUUAUCUUUGGAUGAGAGGCGUAAAAGGGGUGCCGAGAUUGAAGCGCUGCUGGCGAAAGAUCCCGAAGCCGCCCCUGCUCCCGUGCGUUGA